UUCCGCUGUUCUCCCUUUCUUCCUUUUGUUUUGCACCGUCUCAGAAGAGGUUCAAAAUGGGUCGCCGUCCCGCGAGAUGCUAUCGUUAUUGCAAAAACAAGCCAUACCCCAAGUCACGUUUCUGUCGUGGUGUACCCGACCCUAAGAUUCGUAUUUUCGAUUUGGGCAGAAAGAAGGCAACUGUGGAAGAUUUUCCGUUAUGUGUGCAUUUAGUGUCUGAUGAAUAUGAACAGCUUAGCAGCGAAGCCUUGGAGGCAGGCCGCAUUUGCUGCAACAAGUAUUUGGUGAAAUACUGUGGUAAGGAUCAGUUCCAUAUCCGUAUGCGUCUGCAUCCUUUCCACGUCAUUCGCAUCAACAAGAUGUUGUCGUGCGCCGGAGCUGAUAGGCUCCAAACUGGAAUGAGAGGUGCUUUCGGCAAGCCUCAAGGUACAGUGGCUCGUGUGCGUAUUGGACAGCCUAUCAUGUCUGUUCGCUCAAGCGACCGUUACAAGGCUCAAGUUGUGGAAGCUUUGCGUCGUGCCAAGUUCAAGUUCCCUGGCCGUCAGAAGAUCUACGUCUCCAAGAAAUGGGGCUUCACCAAGUACGAUCGGGAGCGUUAUGAGGAACUCCGUGAUGACAACCGCUUUGAAGCCGAUGGUUGCAACGUGAAAUACCGCCCAGAGCACGGCCCAAUGGCUGCUUGGGAAAAGGCUCAGCGUGAGGUUUAUGCUUAAAAUAAAGUCGAUCUAAAUCAAUAAAGACGGUAACAUUUUAACUUUUCACCGAAUAAAA